AUGUCGCCUUCAGACAACUACAAGAAGAAAAUACCUGCUAGUACUCUCUAUACAUGUCCGGAAACGCAUUACUUUAUCUUGAAAGAGUACACAGAUCUUUCAUCUCUGCAAGAUAGCCCGUUUUUUAAGUAUAAAACACAUUUACUUGACGCAGAAAACAGAUUUGUGAUUAAAGAUAAAGAAACGCUCAAGGAAGCAAGAAGUCGUUUCUUCUUUUAUCAUCGUUAUGACAAGACUAUAUAUAGUAUUUACCAAUUACCUACCAAAUAUUUGAAACAUUUUAAUCAGAUCUUCUAUUUACGUGAAAACGCUUUCAUAAAUUGUGUUAUUUUGAUCAUAUCAGGAGGUGAUUGUGCCGUAGGUUGCUAUCAUGGAGGAGAGAUGGUUGCCCACAGACGAUUUCACAAAGACAAAUCUAAUUUCCGUGCCGACGAUAAUGUAAGAGGGAGUGGUGCAAUGAACUUCAGGAGACACAACGCAAAAGAAAUGAAUUAUGAUAUUAGAUCACUCUUGAGUACAUGGAAUCAUCUCCUCAAACAAGUCAAAGUCGUUUUCUAUCAAGGAGUUACCGCUCAACAUGAUGGAUUACUAUCAUACUUCGAAGAUUUGAAGAUUCCUGUUGAAGAAUUGCCUUUCCCAACAGUAGCUAAAACUCGUGGCCUUAAAAGCGCAUACGAUGAACUUUUCCAAGUCACAUGUCACGGUACUGUUCCAGAGUUUUUCAAAGAUCUCGGAGAGAAUACUCUGACCCCACGAAAUGUGCAUUCGUUUCCUCCGUAA